UUUCCGCGCUUUAUGUUCUAUGUUAACUAGUUCUAUUGCAGUAGACACUUUGUCCCCAAAUCAACUCAUCAGAGAUGGUGAUACCAUAUUUUCAUCCGGAGGAAUGUUUGAACUAGGAUUUUUUAGCCCGGGUAACUCCAACAACAGGUAUCUGGGAAUAUGGUACAAAAACGUUUCAAAUGGCACCGUUGUCUGGGUUGCCAAUAGAGAUACCCCGCUGAACACUGCUUCGGGCCUCCUAAGAGUCAGUAGCAACGGUAUCCUGCGACUUGUUUCUAUUGGUAAUAAUACUAAUUCCACUAUCUGGUCAUCUUCGUUUUCAUCUUCAAGUAAUGGUACUAAUUCAGUGGCACAGCUAUUAGACAAUGGAAAUCUUGUAAUAAGGGAAGGAAAUAGGAUUAUAUGGCAAAGUUAUGAUUACCCUGGCGACACUUAUCUCCCAGGUAUGAAAGUCGGCAAGGACUUGAUUACAGGCGUAGACAGGAAAUGGACAUCAUGGAAUAGCCUUGAUGAUCCUUCUCCGGGUCGGUAUGUUUUAUGGAUGGAUACAAAUGGUUUCCCACAGAUAUUUGUGAACCGGAGUUUGGUUUUGCACACGAGGUUUGGACCAUGGAAUGGGGUUAGAUUUAGUGGCAUGCCUAGUUUGACAACAAACCCCACAGCAGUAAACGAGUUUGUUAUCAACGAGAAGGAGAUAUAUUAUAUGAUCAAAGCUGAUAGUGCAGUUGUGUCAAGGAUACACUUGAACCCUGAAGGUGAUUUGACACGCAUGAAUUGGGUUAACAGCACCCAAAGUUGGCUUACGAUUUUAGUUACAGCACCCUCUGAUAGUUGUUCGCCAUAUGGAAUAUGCGGUCCAUAUGGAACUUGUAACACUAGAAAUUUCCCUAUUUGUAGUUGUCUGGAAGGUUUUGUGCCCAAGCGCCCAGAGGAAUGGAAUGCGGGAGCCUGGUCAAGUGGGUGUGUACCGAGAACUCCUUUGGAUUGUGGGAAUGGGAAUGAGAAUGGGUUCAAAAGACUUUCAGGUGUAAAACUCCCAGAUACCCGAAGUUCAUGGUAUGAUUCGAGUACGAAUAUAGGGGAGUGUGAGACGGAGUGCAGGAGUAAUUGCUCUUGUACCGCGUAUGCAGAUUUGGAUAUUAGAAAUGGUGGAAGUGGAUGCUUGCUAUGGUUUGAUGAGCUAGUGGAUAUUAGGGAAUACAAUGAAACACAAGUUCUUUACAUUAGAAUGGCCAGGUCCGAAUUAACAAACUUAACACGAGAAUAUUCAGAGUAUGACGGUCGGAAAGAAGAUAUUGAUUUACCAUCUUUUAGCUUGUCUAUCAUUGCCAAGUCUACAAGUAACUUUUCAAGCACCAAUAAGCUUGGACAAGGUGGCUUUGGUCCCGUCUACAAGGGUGUGUUAGAUGAUGGUCGAGAAAUAGCGGUGAAGCGAUUGUCAAAAUCUUCAAGACAAGGACUUGAUGAGUUCAAGAAUGAAGUUAGAUGUAUUGCCAAACUUCAGCAUCGAAAUCUUGUUAAACUUUUAGGAUACUGCAUCCAAGGAGAUGAAAUAAUGUUGAUUUAUGAAUACAUGUCCAACAAAAGUUUGGAUAUAACUCUAUUCGAUAUUAGUCGAAGGUCAAUGCUUGAUUGGCCACAACGGUUCCAUAUUAUCCAAGGGAUUGCUCGUGGGCUUCUUUAUCUGCAUCAGGACUCUCGGCUUCGGGUGAUUCACAGAGAUUUGAAAGCUGCAAAUAUUUUGUUGGAUCAGGACAUGAGCCCUAAAAUAUCAGACUUCGGUCUUGCUAGAAGAUUUAAAGGCUAUGAGACUGAAGCCAAUACCAACAAAGUGGUCGGAACCUAUGGUUAUAUCGCUCCAGAAUAUGCAUUGCAUGGGCUUUUCUCAAUUAAAUCAGAUGUAUUCAGCUUUGGAGUUCUAGUGUUGGAAAUAGUGAGCGGACAGAAAAACCAAGGGUUCACUCAUGAACAACACAGUGACAGCCUUCUAGGACAUGCAUGGAGACUCUAUAAAGAAGAAAGAUCCCUGGAGCUUGCUUGUACCCAACUGAGGAAUACAUGCGUUGACUCUGAAAUAAUCCGAUCAAUACAUAUUGGUUUGUUAUGUGUACAACAUCACGCGGAAGAUAGACCAACUAUGUCAUCUGUUGUUGUAAUGUUGGAUAAUGAGAGUACGCUGCCACCACCAAAACAACCUGCAUUUUACACUGAAGUUUAUCCUGAAAUCAACAACCUUUCAUCGAUCCCAACAGAUAAUUCGGUUAAUAAUGUCACAAUAACAAUCUUAGACGCACGAUAG